AUGGAUUGGUGCCUGGACCACCAGGACUGGACGCUCUGGGGAGGCUGGGCCCGCACCCGGGUCACUGAGAGGGAGGGCGGACCCCAGGCUCAAGAGCACAAGGGCAAGGCCCGAGAAGGGCCUGACUGGGCCUACGGCAUUGUGUGGAAGGCAGUGGACCGAAGGACUGGUGAGGUCGUGGCCAUCAAGAAAAUCUUUGAUGCUUUUAGGGAUAAGACAGAUGCCCAGAGAACAUUCCGGGAAAUCAUGCUCCUCCAGGAGUUUGGGGACCAUCCCAAUAUCAUCAGCCUCCUUGAUGUGAUCCGGGCAGAGAACGAUAGGGACAUUUACCUGGUGUUUGAGUUUAUGGACACUGACCUGAACGCAGUCAUCCGGAAGGGCGGGCUGCUGCGGGACGUCCACGUGCGCUCCAUCUUCUACCAGCUUCUGCAGGCCACCCGGUUCCUCCACUCGGGGCACGUUGUGCACCGGGACCAGAAGCCGUCCAAUGUGCUCCUGGAUGCCAACUGCACAGUGAAGCUGUGUGACUUUGGUCUGGCCCGCUCCCUGGGCGACCUCCCUGAGGGGCCUGAAGACCAGGCCUUGACAGAGUACGUGGCCACACGCUGGUACCGAGCUCCGGAGGUGCUGCUGUCUUCACACCGGUACACCCUUGGGGUGGACAUGUGGAGUCUGGGCUGUAUCCUGGGGGAGAUGCUGCGGGGGAGGCCCCUGUUUCCGGGCACGUCCACCCUCCACCAGCUGGAGCUGAUCCUGGAGACCAUCCCACCGCCAUCCAAGGAGGACCUCCUGGCUCUUGGCUCAGGCUGCCGUGCCUCUGUGCUGCACUGCCGGGGGUCCCGGCCACGACAGACGCUGGACGCCCUCCUACCGCCAGACACUUCCCCAGAGGCCUUGGACCUCCUUAGGCGACUCCUGGUGUUCACCCCAGACAAGCGGUUAAGCGCCACCCAGGCACUGCAGCACCCCUACGUGCAGAGGUUCCACUGCCCCAGUGAUGAGUGGGCACGAAAGGUACAUGUGCAGCUCCGGGCACGCGAAGGGGUCCAGCUCUCUGCGCCUGAGUACCGCAGCCGCGUCUAUCAGAUGAUCCUGGAGUGCAAAGGCAGCAACGGCACCUCAAGAGAGAAGGGCCUGGAGGGUGUCUCCCUGUCCCAGGCACACCUGCACAAACCCAGAGCUGACCCGCAGCUGCCUUCUGGGUCACCUGUGCAGGGCCCCAGACCCAGGCCUCAGAGUAGCCCGAGCCAUGACCCCCCCGAGCACGAGUUCCCCCAUGCAGCCAAGAGCACCCCCAGGCAGAACUCCUCUCCCACGCUCCAACCUGCACUCCUAGGGAGUGGGGAAAGGCCCCCCGGGGCGAAGGAAGAGCCCCCCUUGACAUUCUUGCUGGAGAAGCCAGGCCGGAGGGGAGCUGCGCCUUCCCUGACCUCACAGGCUGCAGCUCAGGUGGCCAACCAGGCUCUGAUCCGGGGUGACUGGAACCGGGGUGGUGGGGUGAGGGUGGCCAGCACACAACAGGUCCCUCCCCGGUGUCCUCCGGAGGCCCGGCCCGGCCGGAGGAUGUUCAGCACCUCUGCCUUGCAGGGUGCCCAGGGGGCCGCCAGGGCUCUGCUUGGAGGCUACUCCCAAGCCUAUGGGACUGUCUGCCACUCGGCACUGGGCCACCUGCCCCUGCUGGAGAGGCACCGUGUUUGAGUUGCCCUACUCCCUUCACCUGGCCCCCUGUUCCUGCCCCGGCCCCUUCCCCAGACCCCUCCCCGAUAUCCUGCACCCCUUAGCCCUCCCUGCUUUGCCAGGCCACGUUGAAGUUCCAGGGAGCUCGCCUGGGUCUCCUUGGGGGAGCAGAUGAGGACCCUGCCCCAGCCCCAGUGACUUCCUCCAAUAAAGUCAUGUCUGCCCCCAA